AUGCAGCUGUAUGUGGAUCAGAAGAAGGUGCAGGAUCAGAAGAAGGUGCAGGAUCAGAAGGAGGUGAACGUUCAGAAGGAGGUGUUGGAGGGGAGCUCUGUAAGACUGCGCUGCUCUGCUAAAACUCUCUGCUCCUUUCCUCCACCAACUCUCACAUGGAGCUCCACUCCCAGAAUCCCCCUCAGUGAGAGCAGCAGACGAGAGGAGCUCAUCUCUGAUCUGAACUUCACUGCUACUCACCGUCAGCACAGAGUCACUUUCACCUGCACUAUAACCUACCAGCUACAGGACCAGAACAAAACAGCACAGGACAACAUGACAGUACAUGUUCUGUAUGCACCUAAAAUCUCUCCAUCCUCCAGCUGUACCAGGACUGAUGUAACUCUGUGUUUCUGUGAGGCUGAUGGGAAUCCCUCUCCUGAACUGGAGUGGCAUCUGUCUGGACGUCCUGUCACUAACUCCUCAAACACAUCCAUCAGUGAAGAGCGAUUGAGCAGCACAGGCUUGAGGAGCGCCAUCACUCUUCAUCAGUCUCUCACACACACAUCCACUCUGCAGUGUUUCAGCAGAAACUCUCAUGGCAAUGCAAGUCAACUCUUUCAGCUUCCUUCAUCUGUUGCACGUGCAAGACACAUAUGA